GGAGCUGACAGACUGCAGAGGGCGGAGAGGGAAGGAGGUAAACGAGAUCCACUCCCCAGGUUUGCGCCAUGGAAGCCGGGCAGAGCGCGCAGGUCGGAGCCGACUUGGUUGGAGAGCACGCGGCCGGCGGAGUGUGCGCGGCGGAGCGAGACAGAGACCGGGACAGGGGCGAGGCGUGCAGCCCCAGUCUGCAGGCGAGGCAGCGCUCCCUGCGCGUGGUGUACGUCCUGAACGACGGGCUCAAGUCGGUGAUGGCGAGCAGCCCGGAGUCCGGCGCGCUGCAGUGCCUGCAGAGAGCGUGCGACGCGGAGAGCGCGCUGCUCACCACGGUCACCUUCGGAAGGCUGGACUUCGGAGAAACAUCUGUGCUGGACAGUUUCUACGAUGCAGACAUCGCAGUCGUGGACAUGAGCGAUGUGUUUCGUCAACCCUCGUUGUUUUACCACCUGGGUGUGAGGGAGAGCUUCGACAUGGCCAACAACGUCAUCUUGUACAAUGACACCGACCCCGACACUGCUCAGUCACUGAAGGACAUGGUGGCACAGAAGAACACAGGAAGUCGCCCACCAGCGUUAGGAUUUCCCUGGGUUCAGUUGCCUCCUGAAUACAGAGGCUCUGGGCUGAAAAAUAAAGCAUCCAGCGGUAAUUACUACUUCAUCCCCUACAUUGUGACUCCGAACCAUGAGUACAUGUGCUGUGAGAGCGAUGCCCAGCGCAGGGCCAGCGAGUACAUGCAGCCCAGCUGGGACAACCUGUUGGGGCCGCUGUGUGUCCCCCUGACUGACCGCUUCACCAGCCUGCUGAAGGACAUCCAUGUGACAUCAUGUGCAUCAUUCAAGGAUACCCUGCUGAAUGAUAUCAGGAAAGCCAGAGAGAAGUACCAGGGAGAGGAACUGGCCAAGGAGCUUGCACGAAUCAAGCUCCGCAUGGACAACACAGAGGUCCUAACUCAGGAUAUCGUCAUGAACUUGUUGUUUUCCUACAGAGACAUACAGGACUAUGAUGCCAUGGUGAAGCUGGUGCAAACACUAGAGACGCUGCCAACAUGUGAUCUGGCCACCCAGCCUAUGAUCCAGUUCCACUUUGCUUUUGCCCUCAACAGGAGGAACAGUCCUGGAGAUCGUGAGCAGGCUCUCAGAGUGAUGCUGCAGGUGCUGCAGUCCUGCGAACACCCCGCACCGGACAUGUUCUGUCUCUGCGGACGAAUCUAUAAGGACAUAUUUCUUGACUCUGACUGCAAAGACACUAUAAACAGAGACAAGGCUCUACAGUGGUACAGGAAGGGGUUUGAGCUGCAACCAACUCUCUAUUCUGGCAUCAACCUCGCUGUCCUCCUCAUAGUAGCUGGCCAGCAGUUUGAGAGCUCCAUGGAACUGAGAAAAAUAGGUGUGAGGUUGAACAGUCUGCUGGGGCGCAAAGGUUCCCUGGAGAAAAUGAACAACUACUGGGAUGUGGGCCAGUUCUUUACCGUUAGCAUGCUUGCUAGCGAUAUCCCUAAAGCAACUCAAGCGGCUGAGAAGCUCUUUAAACUGAAUCCACCGCUGUGGUAUUUGCGGUCAGUGGUGCAGAACCUGCAGCUCAUCCAGAGGUUUAAAAAGCAGGCGGUGGAACAUUCUCCCCAACGAGAGAGACUCGACUUCUGGAUGGACAUCAUUGUUGAGGCCACACAAGGCACCACAAACAGACUCCGGUUCCCUGUGUUAAUUCUGGAGCCGACCAAGGUUUACCAGCCUUCUUAUGUGUCGAUUAACAACGAGGCUGAAGAGAUGAACGUCUCUAUCUGGCACGUUUCUCCUGCUGAAACUAAGGGGAUCCAUGAGUGGAAUUUCACUGCUACGUCUAUCAAAGGCAUUAGCAUCAGUAAGUUUGACGAACGCUGCUGCUUCCUCUACGUUCACGACAACUCAGACGACUUCCAGAUCUAUUUCUCCACAGAGGAGCAGUGCGGUCGGUUCUGCUCUAUGGUGAAAGAGAUGAUAUCUGAUGGUACGGGGAAUGCUGUGGAGCUGGAGGGGGAGGGUGAUGGAGAUACGUUGGAGUACGAGUAUGACAUGGAUGAGAAUGGAGACAGGGUGGUGCUGGGUCGGGGCACUUAUGGAGUGGUGUAUGCUGGGAGGGACCUGAGCAACCAGGUCCGGAUCGCCAUCAAAGAAAUUCCUGAGAGAGACAGUCGAUACUCACAGCCCCUUCAUGAAGAAAUCGCCCUUCACAAGUAUCUGAAGCACAGGAACAUCGUUCAGUAUCUGGGUUCUGUUUCUGAGAACAAAUACAUCAAGAUCUUCAUGGAACAAGUGCCUGGAGGAAGCCUGUCUGCACUGCUGCGGUCAAAAUGGGGUCCUUUGAAAGAGGCGACAAUCAUCUUCUACACCAGGCAGAUCCUGGAGGGACUGCGGUACCUGCAUGAAAACCAGAUUGUCCACAGAGACAUCAAGGGUGAUAAUGUGCUGGUGAACACCUACAGUGGCGUUCUGAAGAUCUCCGACUUUGGAACCUCGAAGCGUCUGGCUGGAGUCAACCCCUGCACAGAAACAUUUACAGGCACUUUGCAGUACAUGGCUCCAGAGAUCAUCGAUAAGGGUCCUCGAGGCUACGGGGCCCCGGCUGAUAUCUGGUCUCUGGGGUGCACCAUCAUUGAAAUGGCAACUGGGAAACCUCCUUUUCAUGAGCUCGGGGAGCCACAGGCAGCCAUGUUUAAGGUGGGCAUGUUUAAAAUCCACCCAGAGAUCCCUGAAUCUUUAUCAAUAGAAGCUAAGUCCUUCAUCCUGCGCUGCUUUGAGCCGGACCCUCACAAGAGAGCCAUCGCUGCAGAUCUGCUCCGGGACAUUUUCCUCAGGCACAACGCCAAGGGCAAGAAGAGCAAGAUCGCCUUUAAACCAACAGACUACAUCCAAAACGUGUCUAUCCCGGUGCAGCUGCAGGGUGAAGCUGCUGGCAGCAGCAGCAGUGAACAUGGCUCCGUGAGUCCGGACUGCGACUCUAAACAUGACAUUUUCUUCCAGAGGAAAAAAAACUCUGGCUCAGAGAACCUGCUCAAACCAUCCACCUCCAGCUACCUGAGUGUCCCAGACGAUAGUACGGUUUCGGAGGACCGCAGUGCCCCCCCUUCACCCGAGGACAGGGACAGUGGUCUGUUCCUGUUGAAGAAGGACAGCGAGAGACGGGCCAUUCUGUACAAGGUCCUAAAUGAUGACCAGGAAAAGGUCAUCUCUAACCUGAGGGAAAACCACAUGCAGGGCAGUGAAGAGCUCCAGCUCUCUAUUGAGCACAUCAAACAGAUCAUCUGCAUUCUGCGAGACUUCAUCCAUUCUCCAGAGAGGCGCAUCAUGGCGGCCACCAUCUCUAAGCUCAAACUGGACCUCGACUUUGACUCCAACUCCAUCAACCAGAUCCAGCUUGUGCUGUUUGGCUUCCAGGACUCGGUGAACAAAGUGCUGAGGAAUCAUCACAUUAAACCCCACUGGAUGUUUGCCAUGGAUAACAUCAUCCGACGAGCUGUGCAAGCUGCAAUCACCAUCCUCAUUCCAGAGCUGCAAACCCACUUUGGGCCAGCAUCUGAGUGCGAGGGGGCAGAGAAAGACGAGGAGGAGGAUGAAGAGGAAGCAGAGUUUGUCCCAGUGUUAGCUUCAAACUCUGACGACCCUGUGACAACAGCUGACAACACCCUACCGACCACCAGCACUCUAAACUCCACCCACUCGCAGGAAUCUCAGCGAUCCCAUAAUCACCUGGGAGUACAGCUGGGACGGCUUAAACUGGAGACUAACAGGUUGCUGGAGGAGCUGCUUCAGAAGGAGAAGGAGUACCAACAGGUCCUGAAGGCCACGUUGCAGCAGAGGACUCAUGAUUUGGAGUUGGUCAGACUUAGACACAGACCACCAGACUUUUCACCUCCCUCCAUUUUUCACAUCCCUGCUGACCAUGAGCCAGAUAAGCUGCUCUCUGAUUGGCUGAAAGAGCAGGGAGCAGACCCAGACACUAUAGACAAGUUUGUGAUUGAGGAAUACACACUGUCUGACGUUCUGAAUGAAGUUAGCAAGGACGACCUCCGCACGCUACAUUUACGGGGUGGAGUCAUUUGCCGGAUCUGGCGAGCCAUUCAGAGGCAUCGAGAGCGAGAAAGAAAAGAAGUUUGACUGUGACUUUAAUGCUCAUUUCAGAAGAAACAU